GCGGCAGCCCUCUGGGCUCCCCUCUGCUCCCGCAGCCCCAAGGGCCGCAGGAAGCGGCGCCUUCUGGUUGCCGGCUCCUUGCUGGGCUCGGCGGGGGCCAGCCUGCUGCUCACCCUCAUUCCCGCCGCCGGUGGGGACGCGGGGUACACGUACUGUAACGCCAGCCAGCAGCUGGGUAAUCGAGGGGCCGCCGCCAUGGGACCCGCUCCGGGCGUGAGCAGCCACAGUGUUUUAAGCACGAGUGCUAUUACGAGUGCAAAAGCUGUGUCGAAAGAAAUGGUGAAAACGACUGCUGAUGUUUUAAUGGCGAGCAGAAAACCAACGCUAACCAGUGCAGCUUUCCAGGGUUUAUUUGGCCUGGCAGAUACGCAUGAGAAAAAAGGCAAAGGGAUUGGUAAAAGUGAUACAAAGACAAGUGGCUACUCUCAUGGUCCCUCUGGCUGGACAACUUCCAUGAAAGCAGUUAACUGGGAGACAGGAGAACCAGAAAUGCCGGCUCCCUACAGACCUCCCUUACAUGGACUUGAGAAGGAAAUGAGCAGUCUGGGUUCUGCUGUGAUAGAUCUUGCUGAUAAUGCUGAAGAAAGCCUUUACGCUACUGAAAGUACUGAGCUCUCUAUGUUUAAAACAACUCUUCCUACCAUUGGAGGUGCUUACGUGUCUGGAAACCUUUCAGACCACUGGAAAGAUGCUCAGGAUGUCAGCUUCAAGGCAGUGAAAAACAUCUUUCAGGACAGAGAGCAUCAGAUUUUUCUUAUGGUACUGGGUGCUGUCGUGCUUUGGGAGCUGUUGGCUACUUCUCUCGAAUGGACAGUGGAUGAGAAUCUCUAUGAAUAUCUUGACUUCAUUGACUCGACUGACAGAUAUGGCAAGCUGUGGAUUUGGAGUUACCUGGGUGCAUCUGUAGGUGCCUGUGGCAUUGCUGUAUUUGUGGAUCAACUGAAUUGCUUCCUCAGCAGCACAAUCACGCGCCUUGCUGUCCAUUUCUAUGGCUAUGCUCUCCUGAUAAUGCUCUCGUUGCUUGUCAGUGUCUUUUUUCCCAUCCACGUUCCCCAAAAAAAUGACUGUGUUAACAAAACCACCAAAGCCCUGUCCCUCCUGUGGAGUGACGGCCGAGCAAUCCUGUACGCCAUCACCGUCUUCCUCACCGGUGCUGCUGGGUCUGCGGUGCACAACUUUCUCUUCUGGCAGAUGCAGGACCGAGGCAGCAGUGAGCUGUACAUGGGGCUGUCUGUGGCCGUUGGGCUACUUUCUGAAAUUUUACUGUAUUUCUUCAAAGGGAAGUUGCUGAGGACUUUCUCGAGGAGCAAAAUCAUUGCAGUCAGUCUAAGCCUCCUGGCAGUACAGCUUCUGUGCUACUCUUUCUUGUGGACUGCGUGGUCAGUUCUGCUCAUCCAGAUUUUAUCUGCCUUCAGCAAUGGUGCUUUGUGGUGGGUGGUUAACAUGACAGUGGAUGACAUAGCCACCCCAGGCAUGGAGAGGUCCCUGCACGCUGUUCUCCAGGGCCUCUGCUACGGUGGAGGAGCAAGCCUGGGCAGUUUUGCAGGGGGUUUUGUUGUGAAGCACUUUGGCCUGGCAGUUUUGUACAGGGCAUGCUGCGUGUGCCUGGUGCUGUGGCUCCUCGUGCUCUUAAUAGUCCAGUCUAAAUUGCCACGGCAGAAAAGAAUUAAUUAUUCUCGUCUCCUGGCUGCCGAUUCCAGCGAUAUGAGUGACUCUGAUGAGGAGAACGAGAGGGACUGGCUGGUAAAAGCUAUGAAGGAUGAAAGCUUUAAUAGGAGUUGGUCACAAAAGCAUGGGAUCAGCUAA